AUGUUGGGCAGACUUAAAAGAAUGGUCUUUACGAAUCGCGUAAUAAUUAUUGGUGGCAACGGAGCACUCGGAAAGCAUAUGGUUGAUACAUUCAAGACAGAUUGGAAUGUGACUAACAUUGAUCUUGCUGAAAAUCCAAAUGCAAAUAAAAAUAUUCUCUUAAAAGAAUGCUCUUUCGAAAAUUAUAGCCAACACUGCAAGAAAAGUCUUUCAGGGACUUACGAAGCAAUUAUAUGUGUAGCUGGCACAUGGGCAACUGGAGGAAUUUCCAACAUUGAAAUUUUUUCUCAAAUCCAAAAACUAAUUGAUGGCAGCUUAGAACCCGCUAUUUUAGCUUCACAUCUAGCAGCUGAUCAUUUAAAUGAUAGUGGCUUGCUAGUUUUUACAGGAGCGUUUAGACCGUUUAAAAAUACUUAUCCAGAAAAUCUUGCAUUUACAUUAAUGAAAAAUGCAACUCAUAGCUUGGCUUUGAAUAUGGCUGUAAGGGACAAAAUUUCGCCGUUGGCAACUGUAACAACAAUUUUGCCAGACAUUUUGGACACUAGAGUAAAUAGAGAAGCUAUGCCAGGGGAAAAUAGAGCAAACUGAAUUGAUCCAGGAAAAGUUGCUGAGCUCGUUAAAAGCUGGGCAAAUGGGAAAAAUAUGCCUACAAAUGGAAGUUUUGCGGAAUUGAAAAUGAUGAAUGGGAAACUUAUUCCUGAAUUUAUUUAA